UGAUACAGCAAUUUCAAAUGAAGUUCAGGGCUCUCAAGCAGAACACCGUUUUCUUCAUCAAGGAUCUGGCUUCUCCUUUUUUGCCUUGUUACAGUAGUAUAUUGUGAGACUCUUACAAUGCCACCAAGGGCUCGAUAGUUCUAAAGAUACGUUAGAUGGAUGCAUGCAGAACUUACUCCUUACUGUACGUUUCAUGGAACUUCCAGUCAUGCAUCAGCCUUAUAGGCGGAUUGUUAAGAAGAAUGGACAAUGUGAUUUGAGGUACAUUGGAGAGACGGGUAGGAGGAGCCGAUUUUGGAAGGAUCCUUUUAAUACAUUUUUGGAUGCACCAUGGCCUUUACAUCUACUGAUCCUGGUUUCCAUUGUGGUUGGCAUCUGUCUUUUCUUCGCAGUGAUGUGGUGGCUGAUUGCAGUCUACCAUGGUGAUACAAAUCUUACAAACAAUGAAAACUGCAACUUAUCCUGUAUUGAAGAAUGCAACCUAACUUGUGUAGGAUGUGUCCACUCAUUUUCUUCAGCGUUUUUGUUCUCUCUAGAGACACAAACUACUAUUGGCUAUGGACUGCGAGUGGUACAUGAUCACUGUACCGCGGGGAUUAUUCUGCUGCUGAUACAGUCUAUUAUGGGAAUGAUAACCCAUUCAGUACUGGUUGGUUGUAUUUAUGCAAAGAUUUCUAGACCUGAAAAGAGAGCUCGAACUAUCCAGUUCAGUAAAUAUGCCAUAAUAGCCCUCCGUGAGGGACAGCUUUGCCUCAUGUACCGCAUUGGAGACAUUUGCUGCUCAAAUGGGAUUGUAGGUUCGAAUGUCACUGCCAAGUAUAUUAAGAGAUCAACUACGGAAGAAGGAGAAAUUAUACUGCUGCAUCAAACCAAGUUUCCUGUCCAAGUAGAUUCUGCUGGAAAAACUCCAUUUCUCACCUCCCCCCUUGCUAUCUUAGUCUACCAUACCAUUGAUGAAAAGAGCCCUUUGUACAAUGUCUCUAGAGAGGACUUAUCUCGUGAAGAGUUUGAAAUUGUGGUCAUUUUGGAAGGAACAUUUGAAACCACUGGGCAACCUUUUCAAGCAAGACGUUCUUACCUCCCAAGUGAGAUUUACUGGGGCUACAAUUUUUUACCAAUCAUUUCACUAUCAUCCAGUGGCUAUGGAUAUGAAAUAGAUUUUUCUCGAUUUCAUUUAAUUAAAGAAUUGCCUACUCCUUUAUGCAGCAGUAAACAGCUAGUGGAAGGAAAGUCAAAACAUACUCAAGACCACAAAAACUGAUAACCUGAAAUGAGAUAAUGCAAAUGAAAAGAAGCUGCUGUUUUAUGGCAGACUCCUGUUCUCACUUGCCCAAAAUGGUUCAGCACAAUAAACACUUUAAGAGCCAUACAAUGCUGGUACUAAAUGAGUGAAAAACCGAAGUGCUAUUAUUUGCUGAUAAAAUUUGUUUAAUUUAAGUCUAGUCACUCAUGUUGUAAUAAAUGUAUUUAAACACA